GUUGACCCCGUGAAAAACACCAAAUAAUAACAACAGUACAAGAUCCUGUCAAAUUUUCACAAAUCUUUCAAAUAAAUAUAAACUGUUGUUAAAUCAAUCAAUUAAAUUAUUCUAAACACAUUGUGUUAUUUAUAAAUUAUUGUGAAUUUUGUUAAAAACUAAUAGACAUGGCAAGACUCUUGGAACUGCAGACAAAUUUUCAUUUGUAAUGAAACAUUUUAAUUUGUUCAAAACAAUGGACAAUCGAUGGCAACAAGUGUGUGACUGCAGAUACAAAAUGAAAUGUGCCAAUGUAUCCAAUUAUAAUUAAUCAAAAACAAGUAUUAUUAAAACUGAAACAAAAGAAUAACUAAAUUGAUUUGUCAUUUGAGCCAAAAUUAUUUUUGAGUAAAGUGAAUUGAUUUGUUUCAUCAAUAAACAAUUCAAGUUUCAACAUGAGUCUAGUUGCAUAUGACAGUAGUGCAGAUGAUGUCAGUGAUGAAGAACAAGACGUUUUAAUACCUGCAUCAUCAUCAUCAACGUUAUUGUUGAAUAAAAAUACAAAUUUAUCAGAGAAAAAAAAUCGAGAUCCUGUUAAAAUCACAGUUCCAUCACUUUCUGAUUUCAAAGAUGUAGACGACGAAAUUGAAUUUAAAAAAAAUAAAAUACAACCAUCACAGACGGGAAGUGGUUUAUUGGCAUUAUUACCACCACCAAAAGGAUCACAAACACUGGCAAAUUUUAUACCUCAUGUAUUAAAAAGACCACAAACAAAAACAACAAGUACAAACAAGAAACUUAUUUCAUCAUCAGCAUCAUCAAUUAGUUGUAUAAAAGAAAUAACUGAUUCAUUGACUUUAUUAAAAUACGAUUCAAAUUCUGACAAUGAUGAUGAUGACCAACAAUCAUUUUCAUCAACGAGUAAUAAAAAAAUUGAUUUUUUUUCACUAAAUAAACCAAUUGCUUUACCAAUUACACCAGAAAUUGAAGCACAAAAUUUAUAUAAACCACCAUCAUCAGUAGUUGAUGAUGAUGAUGAUGAAGUAAUAAAUGAAGCGAAAAAUAAAUCAACUCUUAUGAGUAAUGUUGCUAAUCUUUCUAGAGAUGAAAUAAUAAUGAAAAAUAAAACUGAUAUUGGUCCAAAAUUACCAAUACCAGAACAAGAAUAUCAUGUUGAUGAACAAGGUAAUGUUGCAUUUGAUGAAAAAGCCAUUGAAUAUUUAUGUGGUAAACGUGGUGUUAAAAGAAAAGCUCAACUUAUUAAUUCAACAAAUAUCAUUGAUAUUAAUGGUGAAGAUAUUAAACCAGAUGAAAGAGAAUGGAUGGUAAAAGCUUUAACUGAAAAUCCAAUUCAAAGACCAAUUAAAAUUGGAUCUGGUCCUGGUGGACAAUCUAAAAAGAAACAUCAAAUAACAUAUUUAGCACAUCAAGCUAAAGCCAUGGAAGUUGAAUUACAAAAUCAAUGGGCAUCAAAUAGAAUUGCUAAAAAUCAAGCAAAAUCAAAAUAUGGUUUUUAAUUUUAUUAUUAAUUUUAUUUUUUUGUUCAACAACAGCUUUAGCUUGUCUAAUAUCUGGUGGUAAAUUUUGAUAAUAAUUUAAUGAUUUUGUUAA